AUAUCAUCAUGUAGACUGUAAGCAACAUACCGUUCGAUUUACCACUAAAUUCAUACGAUUCGUUUUUUGACAUUAUAUUGUACUGUUUACUGUAGUCUACAAACAGAAGUAACGAACAAGUACCGAAAUUUAUCACUAGAUGGCGUUACCUGUCACCAAUUGAAGUUUGUUCACAAAGUCAUUAGUGGUUUGAACAAGUACGUGCGUGAUCCGAAUCGAAAAGUAAUUAAAAAUAUUGUUUUCGUGUUUUGAGGCUUUAUUUUCAAUAACAUGGACAGGGCAGCUCGUAAGCGUCCUCUUCGAGUCCUUUUAGAGGAGGAUAUUGCCUCGGUGCUGCAGAAUGGUGAUGAUAGUGAGGAUGGUUUGGAUUUUGAUGAUGACAGCCUCGAAGACCCAGAUUUUUCACCUGAAUUAGAAACUUUUGAAGACAAUACUUCCACCUUAGAUAUCGACGUGGAUUCUAUUAUAGAAACCUUAGAAAAUAACCAUGAAAGCUCAGUUCCAUCACCUCCAAGCCUUGAAACUGCAUCAAACGAUUCUCAACCUUCAUCAGCUCAAAGUAAUCAAUCAAAACGAACCACAACGAAACCUACCAAAUUGAAUUUACGCUGGAAGAAAAAGAGCCUACAGUUAAAUACCGAGCAGCUUAGAUUCAAGGGUAACAAGAACUUGGGAACUGAACUUCUAGAGCUAGAAACCCCUAUCCAGUUUUUCUUUUACCUCUUUCCACAAGAACUUAUCAAGAUGAUUUCAGAGGAGACCAAUCUUUAUCAAGUUCAGAAUGAUCCUAAUAGCACUUUUCGUGUAACAGAAAUGGAUAUCAGGCAAUUUAUGGGUAUUGUAUAUCUAAUGUCUCUUAUUCGAUUGCCCAGAGUUACGAACCACUGGACUCCGAUACUUGGUACCCCAAUAAUACAGGAUACUAUGCCACUGAAUAAAUUUGAGAAAAUACGCCAAACUUUACACUUCAAUGACAAUAGUAAAAAUCUACCUAUGAACGAUCUUGGAUAUGAUAGAAUUUUCAAAAUAAGACCAGUGAUCAAUUCUCUCAACGCAGCAUACAAAAAGGUCCCUUUGGAAGAACACCUCUGUGUUGAUGAGCAAAUGUGUUCCACCAAAGCACGGAAUGUGUUGAAGCGAUAUAACCCACAAAAGCCACAUAAAUGGGGUUAUAAAAUCUACGUGUUGAGUGGCGUUUCUGGUUACGCCUAUAAAACAGAAAUUGAAACUGGCAAGGAAAACGUUACGCUUCCAGAAGAGCCAGAUUUGGGUGCAGCAUCGAACGUCGUCAUGAGGUUAGCACGUAUGAUACCAAAGCAUCAAAAUUACCAACUGUAUUUUGACAAUUAUUUUACCUCUCUUCGUCUGUUGGAGUAUUUGGCCAAAGAAGGCAUUCACAGUCUUGGUACCAUAAGAAGAAAUAGAAUCCCAGACUGUAAGUUGCUGCCAGAAAAGGUAAUAUUGAAAAAACCCAGAGGUUAUUCAGAAGAAUAUGUAGCUGACCUCAACGGCACCGACAUAUCGAAUGUGGCAUGGAAAGAUAACAAAAUUGUCACUCUGGCUUCUACUUUUGCUGGAAUACAGCCUGAAACUGAUGUUCGUCGAUGGGACAAACAGAACUCUAAGUACGUGAGUAUAAAACGACCGAACGUUGUAGGAGAGUAUAAUCGCCACAUGGGUGGUGUUGACCUGAUUGACAGCAUCAUGGGGAUAUACAAGAUACAAUUGCGUAGCAAACGAUGGCAAAUACGUCUAUUCUAUCAUUACUUGGAUCUCACAAUGGCAAACGCAUGGCUGCUUUAUAAAAGAGUCUGUAAAGACAAAGGCCAGUCAUGUCGUUUAUCUUCAGCAGAUUUUCGACUAGAUGUUGCAGUAACUCUUUGUAAAUUGGGUGUAAAGCCUAGUAUGUCUAGUCGUCGUUCGCUAGAGAACGAGAUACAAGCAAAAAAACACAAAGGACCUGCACAGCAUGCACCUCCUAUGGCA